AUGUUGCGGAGUCAAUUAAAUGAACAUCAGCAUGGGCAAGCCACCCCCCCGCUGGAGCCUGGUGACAGUAGUACUCGAAACGAAGGGCUUGGGAUAGGGACAACAGAACGACGGACUGCCUCUAGAUCCCCAUCCAAAGCGCGCUCGCUGUCAGAUGGAGAUCCUCCAAUGCUGUCGCCAUCUCCCAAAUUUAAAGAACCCGAGAAACGCACUUCGAAAGACGACAGCGCCAUCAGCGACAGCCCCAUAACCCCUCGGCGGCCUGCCUUCCCCGUGCGUGGGCUGUCUCUGCAGAUGCCGACACGCGACUUGAUGUCUACCAAUACCUCCGCAUAUGUCAGUCGGGUGCCGUUGUCACCAAAGCUAGAUCAUUCACAAACAUACGGAUCGCCUUCAAGUGUGCUUCCACGGCGAUCACGCGGAUUGGACUUUUCGCGAGCCGCUACCAAUUUGCAUCAUUCAACCCUCGCCGAACAAUCAUCACCGGACUCGUCGCCAACUAUUUCGGGACGGGCGAUGAAUAUACCAAAUAGGACGAAUGGCCUGCACUUUUCUUCCGGUCCUGAGUCUAUAAACAACAACUCAAACUCUUUGUGGUCGACCAUGGCGAACGCGGAUCGUAUGGGCGUGUCGAGUUCUUUGGGGAGUGUGAACAUGAUGGGUUCGGAGUCUUCUGGCAGCAGCUCUGAUGAAGAUGAUCUCAUGGAUGCCGAUGACAUCGACGACUCCAUCCUCACAACGCCGCAGGUGGGCAAGAUGAACACAUUGUUUGGCGCAAUCCCGCAAGGCAGCCCAGGAAAUGGGUGGCUUGCACAGUCUCCAGCAGUCAGCAGCCUCAUGAACUUCCAACGAGCUCGAUUACGACAUGGCAAGAGCAGAAAGAGUUCAAGCAGUGGAAGUGGAAACUCGAUGGUCAGCCCAGCCUCCAAAUCACCACCCAACAUACGAAGUAUCGAAGGCAUGAACAAUAACUACCUUGGGAAGGAAAUGCAGUCAGAAGGAUUACAGUCAAGGAGGGAAAGCAUCAGCUGGGCGGCAACCCAGCUACACAUAUCUGGCAGCGAAAGUGACGAUGGUACAUUGAAGUCUACCUUGGAGUCCGUUGAUGGUAUGCCAGUCACUCCCAGUCGAGAAGGCCAAAGAGGGGUUAUCCGGAGGGUCGUAACCCGGAGAGGCAACAUGCUACCUAAAACCAAAGGCUUCGCCCGUAUCCGAGCCGCCCUCGCAGAAGAAAAUGCCCCUGUGGAAACUGAAGUUCGCCGAGAAGCUGAAGUCGUCCGCCAAACCUGGGAAAGUGACGCCGAUCUCGAACUCACCCGAAAUCCCUCUUUGACAACUACACAUUCGUCGCCGACCCUUGGUCCUACGCAAGAGUCUUUAGAGGGAAUACCUGAAGAUGAUGCAAUGACCGAUCUCUCAUCAGGGCUUUCAAACAGCUUCAAGCAGCAUGCCAUGCGCAACUCCAAAGGCAAAGGAUUCUGGGAAAACUUCACCGACGAAAAGAAUCGUACACCCCCUCCACAUUUCCUUCCCCGCGGCUCAUCUUCAGGAAUGAGUGAAGAUAUUUCACUGGACUUAACUACGCCUCCUCUACUUGGAACGCACAGUACAUAUGAUUCGCUUAUGUCAUCACCAUCCCGAUCAGCAACUCCACAGCCUGGGACUGGUCCUACAGCCGCUGAGAUUACACAGAAAGUGAACAAGAAGCGGCGGCGAGACGAUGAUUUUGACCCCAGCAGCUUCAAGCGAAGGGCGGUCAGUCCGGGCAUGAGCUCACAUAACAGUCCCGUGAUUCAAAGCCCCAUGCAGAGAGAUGCUACGCCAUGGGGUCGCCCUCCGAGUAAUGGAGAAGCAGGGAAAAACGGUGGUCCGCCACCAAAGCGAGUCGGUCUUCAAGGGAUGGUUGACUCGACGGAUGGGCUCAUGAAAAUGUCUAUUGAAUGA